AUGGUAAAUAUUAAUGAAAAGCCAUUUCCAAACUCUAAAGUUGCUGAUUCUAAUGGGAGUGAAUUAUACAAUAAUGUAGAAAAUUCAGAAUCUUUAUUUCACUGGUUGAAUAAAUUUAUAUACGUUGUGGAUGCUGGUCAGGAUCAAUCAGAUUUAAUAUCUCCGAAAAAUGUUGCACUUUUCAUUCGUUCUACUAUUUUAUCAUAUUUGAGAAACCAGGUUUCUCAGUUAGAAUCUGCUUGUGAUCAAGGUGAAAGGGAUGCUUUGAUUCAGUGGUGGGUGACAUUAUUAAACUUCUUAAACAGCGAUACCAGUACUUCUGCUUUCCAAACAGAUACAUACCUAACCGAUACUGAUAUAAUCUCAGUGAGUUUGGAAUGUAUUAGCAAAAUUAUUACAGUAUUGAUGAUACUCCCAGAGCACUCGUUUGUUGAUCUGGAAAUAUACUCUCAUCAUUUAUUAAUUACUACUCAUUAUGUUACCAAUCGUUUAAUAAUCAAUUCUAAACUAUCCAAACAAAUUCAAAAAAAUGCUGCACUACCUGAAGAUGAUGCUGCAUCAAAUUUGAGAUUUUUUCACAAAUAUAAUUCAUUGUUAAGAUCAUUUGUUGGAAAGUUAACAGCAUAUGCAUUUAUUUACCUUCCUGAUUCAUUUAAUUUUGAUACCCUAGUUCUAUAUCAACUUAACCCAAAUCUAAACCAUGUUGAUAAUAAUACCAUUUUUUCCUGGAAGCAAAGAAAGUUUUUUCAGACCUCAAGCACUGAUCAAAAUAUUAAAUUGGAAGACAUUGAAACUAAGGAUACACACUUUUUCAAAAUAAUCAUUUCACAUUUGAAACAUGAAUUCACAUUUUUGGCAUUUUAUUGGCAUUAUUGGUAUAUCAUAACCAGAUAUUCCUCAUUUUCAAAAAACAAAUCAGAAUUUUGUUCAAAUUUAGAUUUAAUUCCUGGAUCUCACAUCUUAUUAAACUACACAAUCUAUGACUCUUUAGAUCAAGAUCUUCAAAAUUUACGCUUAUUUUUAACAUCGAAGCAAUCAUCUCAGAAACAGAGUGAUUUAAGACGUGCUGAUUUACUAGACGCCACUGAAGUAAUGCCUGAUACGGACCAACUUGUUCCAAAAUAUCUAUCAAAUAGUAACAGAGGAUCGAAGCCAGCCAUGAUUUCUAAUGAAGAGUUAAACAAUUAUAUUUUCACGAGAUUUAAAUCUACAAAACUAUGGGAAUCCUUAAGGAGUUUAACUGGUUGUUUAGGAAUCCAAAUAAUCCCGGUUCUAAAACUUCAUGAUGAAUAUCAAUUAAAAUAUAUUUCAAAGAUUUCUGCAUACGAUUCACAUUCCGGUAAUAUAUUUUAUAAUAAGAUCCUGCAGUUUUUACUAUUCCAGUUCAGAUCUUUAAAUUCAAUAGAUUUUUUAAAUUGGGAUAUUUGGUUGAAAGGCAUAUAUAUGAUGUUGAAUACAUUACAUGUAAAUUGCCAAGCUUCCAGUUUACUGUCUUUAUUUAACAUUUGGAAUUAUUUACCGGAUAAGAAUCAAAAAGAACUCGCAAAAUUACUAUUGACCAAAUAUUUUACGGUGUUCAUAAUUGAAAAUGAUUUCCAUAUAACAAAACUUCUAUUUACAAGAUUGUUAAUAUUUAAAGUCUUACAAUUGAGAGAUACAUAUAUUCGUUCUCAAUGUCAAAAACUGUUACAAGAUAUCAAUGAAGAAGUAAAAUUAUUGCAUCAUAAAAACUUAGACUUAAAGUGGAAUAAGGAUACCAAAAUCAUGUAUUUUCAAGGAAAUAAAAGAUUUGUAUUAACUCCAUACAGAGAGGUUCUCGAAAAUAAUUUAAUAUUUAAACAUCAGACCGAAUUAAGAUCAAGGGCUAAAUCCAAUGACAUGUUAUUUCCAUCAGUUCUAAGCACAAGUAAUAUCAGACCAACUGUAAUCCUAAGAGGUGGUAGAUAUCCAUUUGAUAUUUUGGAUGAUCUUGCCACAAGAGGUGAGAUUAUUUUUCCAGGACAAGGCAAUAGAAGUAGAGUAAAUUCUAGGGAUAGAUAUUCGGAUGAUAGAUCUGAUGAUUACUACGAUAAGUAUGCAAAUUCUUUUGCCAAUUCAAUAAGUACUACCAUCAACUCUUGGAUCAGCCGUAUUAGUACAUCAGUUGAGUCAUCAAUGUCUAGUGCUGAUAGUUCUAUUAAGAGAAGUGAUGGAUAUGAACAGAAUUCGAUAGAAAUUGCACCUGAAUUAAUGUAUUCUAAACCUAUAUUAACUUCUGAUACUACAUCUUUACUAUUAAAACCUAUAAUAAUGAAUAAUGAUGAUUAUCUGAGAAGUGUGGAUAAGGCAAAUAGAAAAUGGGGGAUUGUCACUGCUAGGACAUACGACAAACCUCUUCCAAUUCCAGAUAGAUCUCAAGUUAACGGGUUAGCUAAUGAAUUGAAAUUGAUGAGCAUUGCAUCAUUUAGUAGUAUUGAUUAUUCUUUUGAUGUAGUUGACGAGAAUAUUUCUAAAAAGGAUUCUAAUCUAUUGAAGAAAAAUGAAUCCGCUCAAGAAACAAUUCCUGUUAUCAAAUUGCAUGGCAUCUUUGGGAACAAAAGCAUCAACGAUAAUGAUAAUUCCAGCAUACUUUUAUCGAAUGCUAACAUUCUUUCAAUGAGUGUCCAAGAUCUUAACUUAUUAAAAACCAAUAAUGAAGAAGAAGAUGGAACCAUAAUUGUUGAAAACUAUUAUAAGAAUAAAGAAAUGUAUUUGAAAACUCGAUUUGAGAAAUUGACAAAAUUUAUUGAAAUAUUCAAUGAAACUUUAAUUCAAUAUACAGAAACUUUAAAUAUAAUUAACCAUGAAUCAUUAUUUAUGGAGUACGAGGUUAGAGAUGAGAAUAAUCGUAAUACAAAUUAUACGAAUGCAAGGGAAUCAAAUCAGUAA